GUGUUCGCGUGUGCAUAUGUGCUUAGCAGAAUCAGUGUGUGUGAUGUUCGAUAGUAGCAAGGUUAUGUGACUGUGACGGUAAGAUGGCAUCUAUGGAAUGGCCGUGGCAGUAUUCAUUCCCGCCGUUUUUUACAAUUCAGCUUCAUAAUGAGACAAGAACGAAACAGAUUGCUGCUUGGAGGAACUUGGUUCUUGAUUACCACAGAAUUACAAAACAGCACAUCUUGGAUAUACGGGAGGCACAAAGAACGCCUCUCUUCAAUAACACGACCAUUGACAGAAAAUUGCCACUAGAAGGAAUUGUGAUGAUUCUUGAUGACCUAGCACGGACAGGCAAUGCAGAGCCUUUGGAUAAGCAGAAACACAGGUGGCACAUAUAUUGGCACACUUUGGAGGAGUGGGCAGAUCUAGUGUACAGUUGGGUACAGAGCUGUGGAAUGGCUAACGCAGUCUGCACAAUUUAUGAGAUCACGGAAGGGGAUAACACAAUAGAUGAAGAGUUCCAUGGCCUAGAUAACGAAGUUAUGAUCAAAGUAUUACAGACAUUGGGAGCAAGCAAGAAGGCAGAGCUGUUCGAUGAUAAUCAGGGCGUGAAGUUUUUUUAAUACGACUGGACAUUGUACGUUCGCUUGUUUCGUAGUUUGGAGAUGCCGACAGACGGCAUUACGGUAUGCUGUUCUGCGUGGAGGAAGUGUAUUUUUGUUGAUGCUGUUGUGGAUUUAUAUGUUUUGUAUCCAUUUAUCAGCAGUAAUAAUAAGAAUUGAAGUUACCAGUGGUGGUUUGUUUUUCGUUUAAAAAUUCGACGUGCCAUUCGAGGUGAGCGGAAACAUUGCUGAGUGGUUGCACGCAGUUUUAUGCUUAGGCCGUGUAGCGUACAAAACAACCGGUCAGUGUGGCGACGUUUGAGUAGGCGAAAUAUAUUUAAUAUUUUCAUGGACACUGGCAAUAAAAGUAGUAAAAGGUAGUAUGAAGUAUUAUAAAUUGAGAGUAAUUUGACACCAUAGCAGGUACUUUACGGACCUUGUUAGUGUUUAUAGGUUUCAUGCAGGCACGUGUAGUGGUGUCUAUGGUUAAUGUCGCCCACUUGAAUACACGUUAGGUUAAUUUUAGAGCAUAUGUUGAACCUCUGCUUACAGAAAUGGUUAGUUUGCUAAAUUUAAUUACUUCAAAGAAGCCGAAUAUGCGACAGACUAUGAAGAUUGACCAAAUUACAUUUUCUCACAAGCUGAAGAGUAACGAACAUAUUUACACACAGACAACGGUGGUGAUAAUCUUAUUACCGAUCUUUAUACACCGAAGCCAGUUCAAUAUAAACAUUCUGUAGUUGAUACCAAAUUGACUGUCACAUAUCUUGAUAUACUGGUCAAAGAAUGGAAUAUAAGCUUUUAAUUUUUGUGGGUAUACAUGUUCCAAAUUUCUUCAUUGCAAGGAGGAAUUGUUUGAAUGACUGCAUGUUAGUAGAGGUUAAUUUGGAGAUUGAGUACUGAUUCCUUAAUCCUGUAUGCCACUCUGUGCCUUCAUGCCAUCUGUCUCAUACUGGUGUGACUUUUCCAGUUUGUCCUCUUCUUUCAGAAAGAUUUCCAAGACAUUAUUCAUUGAUGCCAACACUGUAUACAACAGUCUGGCUGACUGUGGCAGGAAUGUUUCUGAUCUGUUCACAGUAACUUACGCCAGUAAAGGAAUAUGAAAUUGUGUACAAAAUAUAUUGUUUGCAAUAAAAUUGAAGAUGCUUGUGAUCCCACA